AUGAAAUACGCUUGCGUUGUUCCAGUUGUACCAUUUGAACAUAGUGCUUUGCUACACAAUAUGGUCUUUGUAGUGAACAACGGAGUCAUGAGUUGCCGUGCAAAACAUCCGUUUUUCAAGCUGCUUUUAUCGAACUUACGAUGGGCCAAUCCAAGUGGCAACCCUGUGGAAACCACAGGUCCUGGGUAUGUUACAAGAACAUUUAUUCAGUACAAUCAUAUCGGCCUCGUAGACACUGGUAGGAACAAAACUGACUGGACAAGUAAUUCUCCCUAUUUCUAUAAGGGAGAACUGAGAGAGGAUGAUAAUAACUCUGUAUACGUACCUAAUUCACAGUACUUCAUGGACAAAUUAGAUCCUAUACAUGUAAAAGAAGACGGGAAAUUCACACAACUCUGUAAAAGUAUUGGAAUUUUACCACGUCUGAAACAAAGAGCGUGUUCGGAGUUUUACAGACGGAAAGUUAUUAGAGAGAAAAAGAAAUAUACAUUCACUGUACAUCAUUGGUAUCAUUUAUGGUUAAUGAACAAAAAGUCUAUAAAUCGACUGAAAAAGAUCAGUAUAAGUGAUAUUGCUCCAAAUUGUAUUCUAUAUAAUGGAUGA